AUGCGGUCAUCAUCGGUCUUGAGAAUGGCCUCGGCCUCCGUCCCCAAGGGUAACGGCCUCCGCCCCGCGCCGAUGGCUCUACUGCCGCCCAUUCCGCUGUACCGCCGCCUGCUCCGCGCUCACCGCAAGUACCUGCCCUCCGAGAUGCGGGUGUUGGGCGACGAGUACAUCAAGGCUGAGUUCCGCGCGCACCGCAACGUCGACAACCCGGCCCAUCUGAUCGGCUUCCUGACAGAGUGGCAGCUGUAUGCUCAGAAGAUCGAGGGCGAUGAGUGGCGUGGUGAGAAGAUCGACCCCGGCAAGGUCGCCAAGAUGAGUGAUGAGCAGAUCGGGCAGCUGUAUGAGUUGAUGAAGGCGAUUCGCGAGAGGCGCGAGCGGGGCGAGGAAGAAGAAGAGUCAUGA